AUGUUACCCGAAUACCGGCUCCCAAAUAGAUUUGGAAAGUUGAAAUCCAGCGCAGCCAGCUCUGUAGCGGCCCCUCUCAACCAGCGACUUGACCUCCUUGGAACCAGUUUCGUUGAUUCCAGUAAUACCUGGCCUAGCCAGCUACUCAAAAAUAUUCAUGAAACGGGGUCUUCUGCGUCGUUCUUAAUCUUUGCUUCGAGUGACACGAUGGUGUUUGGUUUGCCUGAGGCCCUAAAACCCCACAUUCUAGUUAAUGUUUAG